AUGGAUAAUGGGUCAGAGGUCUUCGCGAAACUCCCAAAUCCCAACGCCGGACCCGCACAUUUUUCCGUUGCUUCUGAGGUCGCCACACAUGAGCUGGUAAGAUCGAACAAUUUAGUCGAGGCCGAAUAUAUUAUUGAGGAGAAGGCUCCUGGUGUACGACUGGGUUCUGUGUGGAAUCGGUGGCCUCGGCAGCUGAAGCUACAGCUAAUAACUCAAGUGGUUGACAUAGAGAACAAGUUGACCACCAUUACCUUUGAUAAGCACGGUUGCAUCUAUUUCAAAGAAGACUUGCGCUCACUUGUCGGGAAAGCAGAAGACAUUCGUACACAGACUGUUGGAUCCGAUGUCCUCGAACGAUUUUCUCUUGGGCCAUUGACCACGAACGAACUGUGGAGUGGAAGUAGGAGGAACAUGAAUUUGGAUCGUGGCCCUUGGAAAGAUGCGUUCGAAUACACCCGUGCGGUCGGCCACAAUGAAAUGAUGUGGAUCAAGGCAUGUGUAUCCAACGCUGGCUCGGUCUCGUGCUAA